CAAGUUUUGUUGAAGCCAUGAAAGAGAUGAUGAAGUCUCACACAUGUGAACCCAACAGGAUUUCCUCAGCACUAGCCAUGCACAGAGGCUCUCACGUAAUAUCAAAAUUCCAGCCAAAGAUCCGAAUAGUUCACAUAUUUGCACCAGAGAUCAUAAAGACUGAUGUUGCCAAUUUCAGAGAGCUGGUUCAGAGACUCACUGGGAAGCCAACUGAUCACAAACGCAGCAACAAGAAGCAAGCAAAGAGUGUUAACAGAGAAGAAUCACUGAUUUCUAGCUUCAAACCCACCAAAAACAGAGAUCUACAAGAUGGGUCUCAGAGAAUCAAGGAAGAAGAGGAAAUAGAGAUGUGGGGAGGUGAGAAUUCAACUGGGUUCUUCAAUGGGUUUGGAGAUUUGGAUAGUUUUAUUCAAGGUCUCAGUGAAUUCCCUUUGCUUCCUUCCAAUUCUUCUCACAUGGAUGUGCUUGGACUUGGAGAAACACAUCUUUACUAGUUGGAAGGAAAGCAUCAAUUAAGUUCUUGUCGUGGAUUGGGUUUUGGUUGGAAAUUCUGAU